AUGUCCUCCGAAGAUCAUCAUCAAAAUGUACCCGUACAUGCUAGCAUCUCCACGUUCUCUUCUUUGACACUACAUGGGCUGUGCUCCUCUGAUGAAAAUCCCGCCGAAAUCACGCUUUCUCGAUCUCAGUCGUUUCCCGCAUCUCGCAUAGUCUGGAAAUACGUUCCUCUGCCUCGAAUUGAGAGCUGGGCUCCUCUUUCUCUUCCGAAUGAUGGUGCUCAUCUCGAACUUGAGCUGACUGACAGCAUAUCCGAGGGUAGAGUUGGCCUCGCGUACUCUGCACAGCCUAUUGGCAACUCGGUGGAGUUGGAUCUCCCUGACUUGUGCGUCAAAGUGAUGAAGCCAAGAUAUGGCAGAACUUUAGCGCGGGAAGCUUGGUUUUAUGAACAGCUUGCUCUCGAAGCGAAUUGUGAAGGAGUCAUCACGCCUCGCUGUUUUGGUUUCUUCACUGUUUCGCUUAAAGACUGCUUCGACGUCAAAGGACAACCUGUUUCGCAUGUCGAGCCUUGGGAGAAUAUCACGAUUAAAUCUCUUCAGACAGACUCUGAUGAUGCGGAGGGAUCAGACUACAGAGAUUGGUGGCUUCCUGACGAUCCCCCAUGGCUUGGAAAAUACUUCAAGGACGACGACGGUUGGAAGAGUGGAUCGCCUUGGAAUGAAUGGCGCCCAUCUCCGUCGGAUCCUCUGAUAUGCGUUCUUGUUCUGGAAAGGCUGGGAAAUGUAUACUUUGCUCCCAAAGAUCAAGAGAAGGAUGAGUUGAACGAUAUCCGCGAUGUUGUGCGUGAUUUGGGUUCCAUUGGAAUCCUGCACAGAGAUCUUCGAUACAGCAAUAUCGUACGGGCCACUAACGACGUUGUCUGUCCCAAUCAUCAACGUGCACACCGGUGGCGGUUGAUCGAUUUUGACGCGGCUGCGAAGGCUUUUGUCACACCCGAAGCACCGAUUGAUGCUAGACUUGCCAUAAUCUCGCAAGUUCAAGUGAUAGGCACGGGUUACUUCUGGGGAUGGAACUAG